AGAGCUAGAUAAUACGCAGCAGUGUAUUGUAGUGGUGCUAGUGUAGCAGACUAUUUGGGUUUCAGACCUUGUAUAAUUCUCGAAUUCCUCCUGAGGGAUAGAGAAUAUUUGGACACUGGGAACACGGCGGCGCACCAAGCCUACGGCAGCAAUGAAUUCACGCGGUUUCCGGUUCUUCGUCGCUAUCUCUGAGCUGAAGAAGACUGUAACAGUAUGUAUAACGUUAGUAGCUAACUAGAGCAGUAGACUGUUUUCAUACCUGGGUUUGCAGAAAAGUAAAGCAUGACAACGUCCUCCGCGGGGUAAAACUACGACUGGCUAUAUUAUGUUAUGAGCCAGGCCCUGACCAGCCCUGUCACUUUGAUCUGUGAGAGCGAGGAAAGAGCCCUCAGAUAAUGGCCCAUAGGAUAAGCAGUAGAAAAACAACUGAGGAGCAUCUGUUAGUGGAUCCAGUCCAUGUCAACCUUCAGAACUCCUCCCAAAAAGACAUCUGACUUCUGCCGAAAGAUCCCAGUGAGAGUGUCUCCAUCAUGAGGCUGGUGUGGAAGUCCCUGGACAAGAUGAGGUGUUUCCGUAAACGCUCCACCAUCCCCUUCCUGGGGGUCCUGAUCACCUGUUUACUCUUCCUCAAUCUGUACAUUGAGGAUGGGUAUGUGCUGGAGGAGGACAAAAGGCAACUGAGAGAAACGUCCAUGCAUCCUUCAAACUCUGAGAGAUAUGUUCACACCUUUAGAGAGCUCACAAAUUUCUCUGGAACCAUAAACGUCACAUAUCGUUACCUCGCCGGAACCCCUUUGCCUCGAAAGAAAUAUCUAACCAUUGGACUGUCGUCCGUCAAAAGAAAAAGAGGGAAUUACCUCAUGGAGACGAUCAAAUCCAUUUUCGACCAGUCCAGUUAUGAGGAGCUGAAAGAGAUUGUGGUGGUGGUUCACCUGGCAGACUUUGACCUGGCCUGGUGUGAAAACCUGGUGCAGGACAUCUCCAGGAAGUUUGCCCACCACAUCAUCGCUGGGCAUCUCCUGGUGAUCCAUGCCCCUGAGGAGUACUACCCAUCACUGGAUGGGCUGAAAAGGAACUACGACGACCCAGAGGACAGGGUACGCUUCCGCUCCAAGCAGAACGUGGACUACGCCUUCCUUCUCAACUUCUGCACCAACCUUUCAGAUUUUUACAUGAUGCUGGAGGACGAUGUGCUCUGCUCACGGAACUUCUUAACAUCCCUGAAGAAGGUGGUCACCUCCAGGGAAGGCUCCUACUGGGUGAUGCUGGAAUUCUCCAAGCUUGGCUACAUAGGGAAGCUCUACCACUCAAGAGACCUUCCGCGCCUGGCCCACUUCCUGCUCAUGUUCUACCAGGAGAUGCCUUGCGACUGGCUCCUUAUUCACUUCCGGGGCCUGUUGGCCCAGAAAGAUGUGAUCCGCUUCAAGCCCUCUCUGUUCCAGCACAUGGGCUACUACUCCUCAUAUAAGGGAGCAGAGAACAAGUUGAAAGAUGAUGACUUUGAAGAGGACUCUAUUGAUAUCCCUGACAACCCUCCUGCCAGCCUGUACACUAACAUUAAUGUAUUUGAAAACUAUGACGCCACCAAGGCUUAUAGCAGUGUGGACGAAUACUUUUGGGGGAAACCCCCCUCUACCGGAGACUUCUUUGUCAUAGUAUUUAACAAAUCAACUAAAAUAAGCAAAAUCAAAAUCUUGACAGGAACGGACGAUCGUCAGAAUGAUAUCCUGCACCAUGGAGCUCUGGAAGUAGGAGAGAAGCUGGUGGGGACAAAGAGAGGAAGGCAGUGUUCUUCCUACAUCACGUUAGGGGAGUUUAAAAAUGGCAACAUUGACGUUCAAGACGUGGACCACAAGAUUGCCUUUGACAUUGAGUGUGUUCGUAUUGUGGUGACUGCCAGUCAGAAAGAAUGGCUGAUUAUUAGGAGUAUAAGCUUGUGGACUACACAACCCCCCAGUCAAUGAGAACAACACAAAAACUAUCAUCAUAUCAUGUAGGCAACAGUUGGUUUACUAAUUCAUUUGAUAAUGUAUUCAUUUAUUGUUGCAUGUGUUCAUUUAUUUAAUUAAUUAUUUUACCCAUUUAUUUAUUUAAUUUGAUAGUGUAUGUAUUUAUAUUUGUAUCUACAAAUCAAUCUAGAGUUUUUAUAUUUGAAAGUAUACUUUAUUGCUUUUUACAAUUAUGAAAAAAUGUUUAAUGAUUGUCUGACUAACCACUUUUAUGGACGUUGACCCGUUUUUAUGGAUGUGAGAUCAUGGGAAAUAUCUGUUGGCUAUUGUACUCAUGUUGUACAUCUUAUCAUUAUUUAUGUUUCUCAGUGUCUUUCCACAUCAAAAGUAGCCUCUGGGUCCUCUGGACUUGAACAGUGUUGAUUAAGAAAUGACACGCCUGCAGACAAGUAUAGACUUCAGAACAUAGCAUUACUCCAAAUGUUCUUGCUAUCAACAAAUAGCCCCAUUCACCCCUUUCCAAAGUUAUCGUCAUCCAUUCCAUCCCUCCUAUUAAGGCUGGCGUGGUGUUAGAGAGUUGGAGCGAGCUCUGCAAAAGUAUUUCCCUGGCACUGUAUGUUCCAUCAGAGCCGCUGACAGGAGAACAAUGUUUGUUUUCGCACAUCUUCUCUAACAUCUCAGAUUGGAGCGCACAGUAAGGAAUGGGGUUGAACUGGUAGUUGACCUUUUUUUUGUCACCACAGCACACUUUUACCGGAGUAACGGUCUGUGUUAGGAGCGCUCUCUGCUCGCUACACCAGCAAACAACAACACCCCUGGAGCUAGGGUCUCAAGUAAAUUCCCUCUCUUUUCCCAAUGAUGUGCUCUCAGGCACUAAAGGAUCUUCUCUUAGAAUGUUUCUGUAAUAUAGAAACAAAUCAACUUUAUUUACUCUGUGUGGUAACCGUGGGCCAUGGUAUACUAAAAUCAAAUUGUAUUUGUGUAGACUAACAAUGAAACACUUACUUACGGGUCCAUUUCCAACAAUGCCGUUAAAGACAAUAUUUUUUUUUUAAAUAAAAAUAGUGACACAAGGAAUAAAUACACAGUGAAUAGCAAAUACGAAUAAAGAGUCAAAAUAACAUGGCUAUAUAUAGGAAGUAGAAGAUAUCAUGGCUAUAUACAGGGAGUACCAGUACCGAGACGAUGUUCAGGGAUAAAAGGUAAUUGAGGUAGCUUCAGCAUGUACUGCACUGUACUGUACAUAUACAGUGCCUUCGGAAAGUAUUCAGACACCUUGACUUUUUCCACCUUUUUUUAGGUUACAGCCUUAUUCUAAAAUUGAAUCAAUUGUUUUUUUCCUCAAUCUAUACACAGUACCCCAUAAUGACAAAGCAAAAAUAUGUUUGUAGAAAUUUUGGAAAAUUUAUAAAAAUAAAACAAUUUGAAAUACUAAAUUUACAUAAGUACCUUUUACUCAGUACUUUAGAUGCUUUUUGGGAAACUCGGGCAGUCAUUUGCUUUUUAAUGAGGAGUGGCUUCCGUCUGGCUACUCCACCAUAAAGGCCUGAUUGGUAGAGUGCUGAAGUGAUGGCUGUCCUUCUGGAAGUUUCUCCCAUCUCCACAUAAGGAACUUUAGUGCUCUGUCAGAGUGACCUCCCUGACCAAAUCAAUUACAAUUUUAUUGGUCACAUACACAUAUUUAGCAGAUGUUAUAUUGCGGGAAUCCCUUCUCCCCCGAUUGUUCAGUUUGGCCAGGCGGCCAGCUCUAGGAACUUUGUGGUUCCUAACAUCUUCCAUCUAAGAAUGAUGGAAGCCACCGUGUACUUGGGGACCUUCAAUGCUGCAGAAAUGUUUUGGUACCCUUCUCCGGAUCUGUGCCUCGACACAGUCCUGUCUCGGAGGUCUACGGACAAUUCUUUCGAGAUCAUGGCUUGGUUUUUGCUCUGACAUGCACUGUCAACUGUGGGACCUUAUAUAGACAGGUGUGUGUCUUUCCAAAUCAUGUCCAGUCAAUUGAAUUUAUCACAGGUUGACCAAUCAAGUUGUAGAAACAUCUCAAGGAUGAUCAAUGGAAACAGGAUGGACCUGAGCUCAAUUUCGAGUCUCAUAGCGAAUGGUCUGAAUACUUAUUGUAAAUAAGGUAUUUUGGUUUUUUAUUUUGAAUACACUUGCGAACAUUUCUAAGAACCUGUUUUGUCAUAAUGGGGUAUGUAUGUAAGAAAAUGUGGAAAAAGUCAAGGGUGCUGAAUACUUUCCGAAGGCACUGUAAGUAGGGGUAAAGUGACUAGGCAACAGGCAGAUAAUAGACAGUAGCUUGUGUGUGUGUGUGUGUGUGUGUGUGUGCGUGCGUGCGUGCGUGCGUGCGUGCGUACAGUGCCUUCAGAAAGUAUUCAUACCCGUUCACUCAUCCCACACAUUUUGUUGUAUUACAGCCUGAAUUCAAAAUGAAUUAAUUUGAUUUAUUUAUCUCACCCAUCUACACACACUGCCCCAUAUUAACAAAAGGGAAAGCAUGUUUUUAUCAAUUGUAGCAAAUGUAUUGAAAUACAGAAAUAUCUCAUUUACAUAAGUAUUCACACCCUUGAGUCAAUACUUUUUGUAGAAGCACCUUUGGCAGUGUCUCUAAGAACUUUCCACACCUGGAUUGUGCAACAUUUGUCCAUUAUCCUUAUUUUUUUUCCAUCAACCAUUUUGCUCUUUAUUUUAGCCAUCUUACAAAUAAAACAUUAUUACUUCAUCAAAAAUGUGAAUAAUGAGGAGAGGGUGUGCUUGAAAGGAUGCACAUAACUCUGCAAUGUUGGGUUGUAUUGGAGAGAGUCUCAGUCUUAAAUCAUUUUCCACACACAGUCUGUGCCUGUAUUUAGUUUUCAUACUAGUAAGGGCCAAGAAUCCACUCUCAUAUAGGUACUUGAUUGCAAAGGGCAUCAGUGUCUUAACAGCGUGAUUUGCCAAGGCAAGGAACUCUGAGCGCAGCCCUAUCCAGAAAUCUGGCAGUGGCCUCUGAUUAAAUUCAAUUGUCACAGAACCGCUUGUUGCAAUUUCUCUAUUGUUCAGAUAUCGGUAAGUGGACUGGAGGCAGGGCAUGAAAGGGAUAACGAAUCCAGUUGUUUGUGUCGUCCGUUUCGGGAAAGUACCUGUGCAUCCAGCCCACUCAGGUGCUUCGCUAAAUCACAUUUGACAUUGUGCGUAAGCUUGAGUGCAUUUGCACACAAUAAAUCAUACAAUGAGGGAAAGACCUGUGUGUUGUCCUUGUUAAUGCAAACAGAAAAGAGUUCCAACUUCUUAAUCAUAGCCUAAACUUCGUCCCGCACAUUGAAUACAGUUGUGGAGAGUCCCUGUAAUCCUACAUUCAGAUCAUUCAGCCGGGAAAAAGCAUCACACAGAUAGUCCAGCCGUGUGAGAAACUCAUCAUCUUGCAAGCGUUCAGACAAGUGAAAAUGAUAGUCGGUAAAGUAAACUUUAAGCUCGUCUCUCAAUUCAAGAAAAGGGGUCAAUACUUUUCCCUUUGAUAACCAGCGCACUUCUGUAUGUUGUAAAAGCGUUACAUGGUCAUUGCCCAUAUCAUUGCAGAAUGCAGAAAAUACACAAUAGUUCAGCGGCCUUGCUUUAACAAAGUUAACAUUUUUCACUGUAGUGGCCAAAACAUCUUUCAAGCUGUCAGGUAAUUCCCUUGGUAGCAAGAGCCUCUCGUUGGAUGCUGCAGUGUACCUAAGUGGUGUCGGGAGCAACUUGCUUGUACGCCCGUUACCACUCUAAUAUGUCUCCCUGUCAUGGCUUUUGCGCAGUACAGAUACCAACACAUCUUGACCACCAAAGUCCUUUUGAUGUCACAAAGCUGUCCAGUACUUUAAAAUAUCCUCUCAUGUUGUCCUGGUUUCCAGUCGUUUGUAGAAGAGGACGUCUUCCUUAAUUAACCCCCCCAUAAACUUAACAGACAUAUACCUGAAGCUGUGCCAGGCCCACCACAUCUGUUGACUCAUCCAGCUAUAACGCAUAUGAUUCACUAGCUGGUUUGCGAAGCAGUAAUUGUUUCAAAACAUCUCCUGCCAUGUCACUGAUGCAUCGUGCAACAGUGUUGUUUGAUGGAGGCAUUGUCUGUAUAGUUUUUUGGGCCUUUGCCCCAGACAUAUCUGCGGCAGCAGGAAGAAUUAAGUCCUUCACAAUAGUAUAGUGCUUGGCUGUCCUAGCCACUCGGUAGCUCACCAUAUAAGACACUUCUAGCUCCUUCUUAUUAAUGGUAUCUGUUGCUUUUAUACAUGUCUUACUACUCAAAAGUAUUUUUCAAAUCAUGUUUUGUUUCUAAAUGUCUGCGCAAGAGUGAAGGUUUCCUACGAGAGAGUAACAGUUAAUGUGAUUGGAUGUUAAUUAUUUGACUAGGCUAGUUGUACUUGACAUUGUGUUGUUAUUUGGCUGAAACCUAGAUGGUUUAAUUGGCAGAUUCACCCAAAUGUAUAGCGCCAUUGGAAAAUAUAUAUAUAUUUUAAUGUGAAUCACAUUUUUAUUUGGCGUACCCCUGACAGCAUUGCACGUACCCCUGGGGGUAUGCGUACCCCAGUUUGAGAAUACAUGUGAUAGAAAGCCUGACCUCUCCCCUCUCUGGACCCCAGGUGACUGAGGCCUAUAUGAGGGAGGAAGUGCAACUGCCAACACCAGACUCCAAGGAGAUAUAUUCUAAUAACAAGAGAUUAACAGUUUUAGAGAGGGGGGGUGAGUGCCUACUCCAACUACGGCAGGGUGGCCACACGCCUCCCUGCGGAUGAGCGACGCCGUUUGAGACAGUUGGGGCUCUGUCCCUAUUGUGGGGGCAAUGUCCCAACUGUGUCUGGUACGUCCCAACACGGAAUCCUCGAGAGCAGAAGGAUGACCCUGUGAUCAUCUCUCUCCUGGGUUAGGCUUGAGUUAUCCAUCAUCACUUUCCUCCAUACCUUUUUUUGGUAUCGAUUUCACUCAUCUAUUGUUUCUACAGCUCUAGUGGAUUCCGAUGCAGUGGAGAAUUUUAUUAACCAGGCUCUUGCCUCCUACCUGCACAUCUCCUCAUACCCGCUCUCCUCUCUGUUUCCCGUCCAAGCGUUGGAUAUGCGACCAUUAUGAUCCGGCACUAUUACGCAUGUCACAGGACCACUCACCCUCACGUGGUACCCAAGCAUCAGGAAAGCCUUCCCUUCCUCAUCACCUACACACCGAUGCACAAAGUCAUCCUCGGCCUCCCGUGGCUGCAACUCCAUAAUCACAUCAUCUCCAGGUCAGAGAGGAGGAUUACCACCUGGGGACCAGGAUGUUGAAGGACCUGCUUUUCCGCAACCUGUGGUUCCACGUAGGCCCUAUCAGUGUCUACCAGCCCAUCAAUCGGUCCUCCUGCAUCGUUGGCCCUUGGUUUUGGGACGUAGAUAUGGACAUCCUCCAGGCUCUGGAGAGGGAAAACGCUCCUUUGCUCUGCCUUCCGGAGUGCAUCUACGUCCCCUCAGGGGUCAGAGAUUGGUUGCUGACCUGGCCACACACAGCCCUCACCGCUGGACCCCCAUGUACCACUCAUUCCCUUUCUGAGAAAUGCGUUGCACAAUGUCAACUCAAGUUAAGUAUGUACUCAGUCUAAAUCUCCCCAGCACACUCCAGCAGGUAAACUUCUUCCCCUUCCCAUACCUCAGCAUCCCUUGAUUUCGUCACUGAUCUCCCCUCUGAUGGUUUCACCACCAUUUUGGUGGUUGUGGACAGAUUCCCAAAAUCAUGCCGCUUCAUCCCUCUCUGGUCUCCCUACCGCUCUCCAGGUUGCUGAGGCACUGUUCCAGCAGGUCUUUCGUCAGUAUGGCCUUCCGGAGGAUAUCCUCUCCGUUCGUGGCCCACAAUUCACAUCACAUGUAUUGAAGGCUUUCAUGGAGAAGCUGGGGGCCUCAAUCUAACUGGCAGGUGCAGAGGAUGAACCAGGAGCUGGGAGGUUCAUGAGGAGUCACUGCCAGAACCGGCAGGGGGAGUGGGCCCAACCUUGGGCUGAAUACAUCCAGAACUCCUUGUGACACCCUUCCACUGGACUGACUCCCAGUGUGUUCUGGGUUAUCAGCUGGCCCUGGCUCCGUGGACUCCAAGCCAGACUGAAGCUGUUGCGGUGGACGAGUGGAUCAGGUGCACAGAAGAGGUAUGGAACGAUGCCCACGUGAGAGUCCAGCGCCCUGCCUGCUGUCAGAAAGAGCAGGUGGAUCACCACCCCUGUGAAGCUUUCAUCCUGGUGAUCACGUCUGGCUCUCCACCAGGUUUGUGGGGCCAUUCAAGGUAACUUUCAGAUUAAAACUCCCCACUUUCCCUCCUCAUGCCAGUGGUUCCUGGUCCCCUAGCUGAUGCCGUGCCCCACGACACCCCUUCAACUCCCUUGGACAUCGAGGGGAGCCCUGCCUAUGCCGUCAGAUCACUCCUGGACUCCCGACGUUGUGGGGGUCGGCUCCAGCACCUGGUGGACUGGGAGUGGUAUGGUCCAGAGGAGCGGUGCUGGGUUCCGGUGGACGACAUUGUAGAUCCCAACAUCAUCCGAGAAUUCCACCAUCGCCGAAUGACCCACUCCUCUCGCUUGGGGCCGACCUCCUGGAGGGGGGGUACGGUCAUGUUUACUCCCCGGUUACGCAUGACAGUUACGCACAUCUGCCAACCCUCAUUACGCACACCUGUGCCCCAUCAAACCUGAGCUGUGUUCGAAUACCCAUACUAACAUACUGAGUAUAUACUAUAUACUACUAGUUAAUUUUAGUAUACUGUAAAUGAAUGGUAUCCUUUCAGUUGAGCGUACUAGUGCUUCGCUGUCUAUCGGAAGUUGAUGCUGUUGCUAUGCAACCUCUUGCUAGCUUGUUAGCAUAACACAUUUCUAGCUAUACUUCGGGUGUGUUCGGAAAUUCAAUAUGGAGUCCAGGGUGCGCUCGUAUAUUAAGGGCGUUGUCAGAUUGUCCGUUCAUAAAUUCAGAGUGUUUUGCUCUUGGAGAGUUCAGAGCGCAGACUGGAAGCUCUGGCUGAGGGAUAGAGUUGAUCUGAGUGUUCUGACCUCACAAUGGCAGUUAAGCUGUAUGGCUAACUUGCUAGCUACUUCCAGACACAAAUGAGAGAACACCUUGUUUUGUAUUGGUCUACGUUCAUUAUUAUUAAACUCACUAACUACACUUGC